AUAUACACAGGUGCUGCGCAUCAACGCGUUUGUGUGCAGUUGAUCCAGGCGUGUUGGUCGUGGCUUCGGCGAUACACAUCAGAGAAGAUGAGCAAACCCAGAGUUUUCUUUGAUAUCACUAUUGGUGGUAACAAUGCCGGCAGGAUUGUGAUGGAGCUCGAGGCUGAUGUGGUCCCGAAAACUGCAGAAAAUUUCCGUGCUUUGUGCACUGGAGAGAAGGGGUUUGGCUACAAGGGCUCAGGGUUUCACCGUAUCAUCCCUAAAUUCAUGUGCCAGGGCGGGGACUUCACCAACCACAACGGAACUGGAGGCAAAUCGAUUUACGGAGAGAAGUUUGCUGACGAAAACUUCCAGCUGAAACACAAAGGCUUUGGUACCCUGUCCAUGGCCAAUGCAGGUCCCAACACUAACGGGUCCCAGUUCUUCAUCUGCACAGCUGACACUGAUUGGCUGAACGGGAAGCAUGUGGUCUUCGGCAAAGUCGUGGAGGGCGACGAUGUUGUCAGGGCAAUAGAGAAGCAAGGCACAAGCAAUGGCCCCCCCAAAGCCAAGGUUCUCAUCGCUAACUGUGGUCAGCUUUAAAUAAAGUCAUCCUCACAUAGCAUUAAUAGCUCCUGAAACACCCCUUAACUGUCUUGUCAGAGCUUACCUUUACAUCAUGAUUCUUGUUAAUCCUUAGUUUGCCUAUGUCUAAAAUAUCAAUCAGUACCAUAUCCCAGUGAGCCCCCACUCCCCUGUUGAUACUGAAUGUCUUUGUACCUUCUGGAACCGUCCGUUCAGGACCACAUUUGUUAACAAAAUCUGAAUAAAAUGGCAAUAUAAAUAAAACAA